AUCUAAAUCCCUCUGUUUUCUGAGGACUACCUCAAGUAAGGACGCACGGGGAUUCUCUUUUCUUUUUUUUUUUACCCAACUGCACAACCAAAACGUCUUGUUUGCUCUGCUGUCCUGAUUCACAGCGCAGACUCCUCUCACCAUAAGCGCUGAGAGGAUGCAACAUCUACAUGAAGGCUGCAGCUCCGCACUUCCCUAGAACAAGCAAGGCUGAGGAGAAAUGACUUUAUGUGAGCACGGGAACGGGCUUUUCCUGCGACACAUGCAUCUGUAACUGUGGUCUUUUGUGGAGAAACAUUUUGGUGCAGGGCACCCAGAGGAUACUACUACCAGCCUACUACCACUGCUUGCAUUUGCACAAAGAAGCGCGUCUGCUUGGAUUUAAGCUGCAGUCUACUUCACACUAACUGCAUUGGCACAACUGUAAGAGAAGAUGUAUCCAUCAUGAAACUAUGCGCCGACUGCUUUUCUCAUGAACUCUGUUGCGGACCUGCAGACUUACAUCCACAAGUGGAGCCUUUUUUUAACCCCCCCACCCCCCACCACCCCUGUCUUUCAGCCACAGAUAAUAUCACUUCACAACUACAAUGAGACAACGUGGUGGGCUAACUAGAGCAAAUGUUGCCUGUAGAAGUGCAGUGAGAGAGCAGGACAGUGACUUCCAGAGGAAACCUGCAAACGAGUGAAUGCCGUCUCUGAUGUGGAGCUUGUCGCUGUCCGACGCGCGAGUGGUGCUGAAAUUUGGAUGAUGCCUGGCCAGCGACUGCAAGGCUGCCGCUCCCUGCACUUCAACGAGGACAACGGCCGCUUCGUGCUGCUCGCCGUCCUCAUCAUACUGUACCUGCUGUGCGGCGCUGCGGUCUUCUCGGCCAUAGAGAGGCCCUCGGAGCUGCGGGCUCACGGCCGCUGGAACGGGACGCUCCUCAACUUCAGCGAGACCUUCAACAUCAGCCUGCAAGACCUCAACUCCUUCCUGCGGGAGUACGAGGCUGCCAUCGCCGCCGGGAUCCGGGCUGAUGCUCUGAGGCCACGAUGGGAUUUUACAGGGGCUUUUUAUUUUGUUGGAACUGUGGUGUCGACUAUAGGUUUUGGGAUGACAACACCUGUGACAGUUGCAGGCAAGGUGUUCCUGAUCUUUUACGGGCUUCUGGGCUGUGCUGCCACCAUCCUCUUCUUUAACCUUUUCCUGGAGCGCAUCAUCACACUGCUGGCCGUGGUGAUGAAGGCUGUGAGGGAGCGGCGAAUCAGGAACAGUGGUAUCCUUCCACCAGGCAUCCGCCAUGAUUUCUCAGCCUACUCCCUCCCAGGCUGGAAGCCGUCUGUGUACCAUGUGAUGCUGAUUCUUGGCCUGUCAGCCAUCACUAUCUCCUGCUGUGCAUCAGCCAUGUACACCCCCGUGGAGGGUUGGGCGUACUUGGACUCGCUCUACUUCUGCUUUGUCACCUUCAGCACCAUCGGCUUUGGGGACUUCGUCAGCAGCCAGACCGCGGCUUACGAAUACCAAAGCCUCUACAGGGUCGCCAACUUCCUCUUCAUGCUAAUGGGUGUGUGUUGCAUCUACUCGCUCUUUAACGUCAUCUCUAUUGUCAUCAAGCAGGUGCUCAACUGGAUGCUGGAGAAAAUGAGCUGCUUGUUUUGCCAGCGCUGCAAUAAGGCCAACGCCUUCCUGGGCAGACGCAAUGCCAUCCGCCCGGGCUCCAAGCGUCGCAAGGGUCGGCUUGGCAAGCCGCCCGACUCUGAUGGACCUUGUGACAGUGACACUGAGGGGCGCAGACUAUCGGGGGAGAUGAUCUCUAUGAAAGACCUGGCAGCCUCCAACAAGGUGUCGCUGGCCCUCAUGCAGAAGCAGCUGUCUGAGUCGGCCAACGGAUAUCCCAGGACAGUCUGUGGCAGCUCACGCCAUAAUGGUUUCUCUGGGGGGGUUGGCGCCCUCGGUAUCAUGAACAACAGGCUGGCAGAGACAAGUAACUCCAGGUAGAGGGUAGAGGACCUAGUGAGAUAGGAAACAAAUCAUGGGAGCUCUUUAUUCUCAUACUGUGUAACAAACCCAGAGGUUUAUCGCCAUAGAAAAAAUAUUGGAUUGCCAGUGUACCUUGUUAUGCAUGAUUUUUUUUGGAUACUUGUGGAAUUACAAGCCUGUGGUGAUAAUACAGGUAAAUGAUGGUGAUGGUGAUGGUUUUGGUGAUGAUGAUGGCAUGAAGAGAGAACCUCAGAGUCGACUAAAAAAAAAAAAAAACUUAAGUUGAUGUGGAAGCGUGGGGACCACCCAUCGCCCAUUUCAUUAACCUCAAACCCAACCCAGAACAAAACCACUGAAUAUCUCUUAAAUAUCAGUGUUAGUCUGCAGAGGAAAUAGUCUGUUAUACACGCUCAAUAUAUCGGACUGAAAUGUUGUACUGUAAAAGAGCCAAGGGAAGCAUACAGUGUAACCUUUACUGUUUGGGGGGUUUUGCCAGUUUAUUUGAAUGUACAUAUUGAAUGCUGAUAGAAACAUGACAAGCGUAAUCACUGAAUGAUAUAGCACAUACUGAUCUAUGCAUUAUACUUCUCAUGCAUUUCUUUGCACCAUGUAUAGACCUUCUAUCGAUUUGGCAAAUCCCAUUCCUUCUUGACAUGGGUCAAGUUUUUUCCCUCAGGUGAUUAAUGUCAUUUCUGGGGGCAAGUGUGGAAAGAGGAGUUUCUAAGUGUGGCCGUGAUGUAGCUGAUUUCGACAGGGCUGUAGUGAGGGGAGGUUUUAAAUUGCACCACAAUAAGGGGCUACAAAGAGUAGUUUCAGAUUCCUCGAGAUGGAGAUAAGAGCAGUGUUGAAGAAUGAAAAUCCAUUCGUCACGAGAAAGGAACUGGCCUUUUUUACUCAGUUGAGAACUGCUUUGCUGGUUUUAAACCGUUGACUUGAAGGCACCGUCCAACUCUUUCUCUAUGUUCUUUUUCAAGUUUAUAGCCAUCUGCAAGGAAAACAAAUGAUAAAGGCUUUCAAUGUAUUAAUUACACUUUGAAUGCAGAAUGUAGACUUAUGUAUUUGUAAAACAGAAUAAAUGAAAAGUUAGUUAAUGUUUGUUUGUAGUGAAAUAUGAGGGAGUGGGGGGAGAUGGAGAAGGAAGCAAAAUACGGAUAGUUUCAUCCCGCAGGCACAUUAUGUUAAAUGAUGCAGAUUGAAAGUAGCUGGGUCAAUCUCAGAUGCUGCAGUGGAAAACAAAACCCUAAAGGAUUCUCUCACUUGCAUUGAAUUAUCUCUUGUGGAAUUUUUUUUUUGUUUUCCUCAGACUUCUUUGCAGACGCGUGGCUCUCACUGUAAAACAAAGCUUGAUCAAAAAUUCUGCAGAGGCUGAUUUCAGCGUAAAUGUGUAGCCAAGGUUUAACGGAUGGAGGGUGUAUGCGGAGGAUACAGUGCUGCCCUGUCAGGCUUCACGAUCAAUGUCCAUGUUGCCAGUAACUAUCUCUUCCAAGGCAUCUGUGAUUUAAAGCCGCGUGAUGGUGUUUGAUGUUCGUAAACAGCAAGACAGAGAAGAAGACGCUGGUAGUCAAACCGUCAGGGAGACGGUGAUGAAAGAAGAGAACUAGAGAGGGGGGCUGGUGACAGCAGCAGAGGUAGAAGAGGAGGUGUGUUAAUCGACUCCCUUCAGUUCCAAAUUCAUACCCAUUAUAAAUCAACAGCCUCUCGCAGCCAAGGGCUCAACUUUUCCUGGCAUCUAUCUUCAGCAUCUAAUAUCAUCCCAGGUCGCUCACUUCUUUUUUUCCUGUCAUCUCUGCAUUCAUUUCACACACACUGCACCAAAACCCGCCUGCUUCCUUUUACUUGCAGAUCUUGGCUCUCUCCUCACGCUCAUCACCCUUACACUGUGAAUAUCAGACAUGUCAUAAAUGUGUGUAUAUAUAUAUACAUAUAUAUAUGUAUAUAUAUAUAUGUAUAUUUAUAUAUAAAUAUAGCGCUGGAACAUCUUAAAAAGCGCUUUUACAAUAAGGCUUGACUGGAUCUGGGUCUUUACUUUGUUGAUUUUCAUCAUUUCAGAGCAUAGAGCUGAAUAAUUUCCUUUACUCCCCAGUCUCACCAAGAGGAAUAGAGAAAAUGACUCAGGUAGUUAAAUCUUCAGGCUUGUCUUAGUUUUUCCUGCAUGCCAUUAUGGUAAAGCCAUACAAGAUAGAUGUAUAUAAAACAGAGGACUCUUUAAAGUCUAUUUUUCUACAUACAGCUUUCAGAUAUCUACACGUGGAAGACUGACAAAGUCUCACUGUCAUGUCUCUUACACAAUCAGUCAACAGAUUGAUGAGAUGCAGCAUUUAGAGCUUGACUAAACUCUACAAAUACGGAUAUUAGAGUCACAAAGUGAACACAAGGUUUUUCAGGUGUGAAAGAAUAUUUUGAGAGUUUUGGAAAUACUCAUAUUCGCUUUGUUGCAGACAGCUAGAUGAGAGGAUUGAUACCACUCUCAUAUCAGUGUGGUAAAUAUGGAGUAGGAGCUGGUUAGCUUAGCAUAAAGAUGGGAGCUAUUUAGUCGUAAACCCACAUUGAGUGUUUUUUACUCUUUGCUGUUUGUACAGUUUGAACAGACGAGAUAUACUGUGAUGAUUUGUUAUCAUUAGAUUAAAUGGUCGGCAGAUUAUCUUUGGACAGAGCCAGGUUAGGGUUAGGCUGUUUCCCCCAGUUUAGGGUAUUUAUGCUAUGGAAAAACUAGCUACACUUUCCUGACAGUAACCUCCUGGAGUCUCCGCUGGUUACCUAGCAACUGGUGACAUCCCCCACCCCCUAACCCCCCCUCGUAAAACAGCGAAUUGUGGAGAUGUAAUGUGUUGCGGUUUCCUCCAGUUUCCUGUCUUUAUGCUAUGCUAACUUCCUGGCUAUGUGCUUAGAUAAUACAAUCUGCCUAGCAGCACAUCUGAAGCUCACUAAUCAACACAUUAUACCUCAAUGUCUAGUUUUAUGACUAUCCAGCUGUUGCCCCAGUUUUCUGUCUUUAUGCAAAGCUAAGCUAACCGGCUGCUGGCUGUAGCUUCAAUAAUAGCCUAUGUGUAUUUCCUAAAAUGUCAAUUUAUUCCUUCAACAAUUCCCAACAGAGAAGCUCAUGAGCAGCAGAGUGAGCGUAUAUUGGCAAUGAUGAUAUGAAGCUGGCAUCGCCGGGGGGGGGGGGGGGGGUCAUGUGUUGCCACACUGUUUUUAUCUGUGACAUUGCAGCCAUAGAAAAGUGUCAAACCCUGAGACAUUUGAGGAGGAGUAUGGGCUUGCUGUAGCAAAUGACAUACUGUAGUUUGAAUUCAGUGGUGUUUCCCUGCUGUAGUAUUUCACGAAGGGAGGGAGUUUUGCUGGCACAUCUCUACAAUAAUGAUUCUUGAAUGGCGUUAUAUGUGAACCUUCAUUUUCCCUCUGAGGCUUAAGGUGACAGUGGCAGAGGUUUCAGGAUUGCUUACUGAUUUUUAAAAGCCCCUCCUGCCAUCAGCUGCAUCAUAUCCUCAACCUUACUUUUGACAAGGAGCAUGUGUGUGUGUGUAUGCAUAUGUGUGUCCAAACCAGUGUGUAAAAGACUGAUAAUGAGAAUUAAGGGACUGUGAAUGUUAUCUUAAAUGCUUCCCUAAACAUAGGUCCCCCAGAAGUUAUUUGACUCAGUAUAAUAUCCAUUAAAAUGUAUUUUCCUUAAGCCUGAAAUACAUCAAGCUUUUAAGACAUUGAAUAUAGUAUUUAGAGUAAUGUUUGCUCACCUAAAAUGCAUGCGUGUCUUGAAAUCAAUUGCCUUACUUUAGUCCUUGCAUAUUACAAAAAGGUUCCUUAUUGAAAAGAUUAUAGUGAUUAGAGCUUGUGUGUUGUACUAUACAAUCCUUUUGCAUUUUGCAAAAUUGAUCUCCAUUGAUUGCAAUGGUUUUAACUGCUCCACUGUCCUCUGUGUCUUCUGUAAGAGGAGAUAGGCGGUCUUAGGAUUCCCUGUAUGUUUGUGUUAUCAGCAGAAAUGCCUCUUUGAUGUGAUAUCACUGAUUUUUCUUUUUAGUGUAAUUAAUUGCUCUCAUGUUCUCAUCCAACACAAAAUUAGACUGAAGUGAUGCAAAAUUUAUAGCCCACACUAUUUGUACAUAAUAAGGGUGAACAUAGCAGACUUGGAUCACAGCACUGUGUAAAGUUGUCAGCAUUCAUUUAAUCUUAAAUUGUUAAAAUCAACACUGCCAGUGUUUAUUCCACUCAACACAUAUUCUACUGUAUUCACACUGGAAAUUCUGCUCUGUAGUCAACAGCACUUUGACUGUAAAAUAGCUCCAUUAAAAUGUCAUGCUCCAUAGCUGUUACAAGCCCCAUAAUAAAACAAUUUGUUUGAAAUAAGCAGAGACUGGAGAUGUUGUUAGUGGUGAUCUCGAAGGCUGUUGAUGGUGCUAAUGGCAUUAUCAUUUAUUCAGCAAUGCUAUUAUUAUUUUGUGAUCACAGUAUGAUUCACAACACUGUGCUUGCUCUCCACUUUCCUCUGAGGAAGAGUGCGUGAACUCUUUUGUAUUUUGACAUUGUUAACACUGCUCGUUUCAGGAACAAAAUAUAUUUAUACUAAUUUGGCUGGAGCAAACUGGAAAUGGCUGUUACCAGCGGGCAGGUAAACAGCUGAGUGGCUCGGUAACAGGAUGAUGUAUUACAGCUGUGCUUGGCUGCUUCUGAUCUUUAACAAGAGUCACAUUGUUGGCUUUGAUCUGGAUCUUGAUUUCCGAAACCGCAGGACAUAUGUGCCUGGUGUUUUUCAUUAUAUAUAUAUGAAGACGGAUGAUAUGGAGCCACAAACUACAGAGAUCUCAAUUCAAAAGCUGCUUCAGGUGUCUGUAAUCCACAGUUAUGUUGAGCUUUGCCUCUAUCAACAUCUACAGCUACACCUUGGUGUGUAUCUCAUGUUGCUUGCAUUGUGGUGUAACAUCCAGUUAAUGUAUGCAAAUUAAUUCUGUUUGCAAGUUGCACAUUUAUACCAAUGAUUGUACUUUUAUAUUUAUGUAAUUAAAAGUAAAACCUACAUGAAACAAGAGGGGGUUCCAUUAAACACUGAUAUUUACUGAU